GCGAUGCAUCCGCAUCCGAAAAUCUCACAGCGUCGACACCUGCUGAAAUCACCCAGAAGUUCAUGUGGACGCCUCCCUUGAGCUACACGAACGAGCUGGAGACUCAACUGAAGGAAGCGGGUGUGAGCCUGGACCAGAAGAGCACCGAUUUCUUCAUCCGUUUUUGCGGUGAACAUCGUGGCAUCUUCAUCGCAGCGUUGCAUUGGGUGAGCUUUCAACAGAGAGGGAAGGAGGAGGAGAUCUGGAGCUUUGCGGAGACAGUGAGACUUGUGCGCAAGAGUUAUGCAAAUGGAGAUUGGAACAAGGCUGACGGGAUUCUGAGCCAUGUAAAAAAAAGUCGUGCAAUCCAUGUCAAUGGUCGCUAUCAGUCCUUAGAUGCAAUCCCAAAAGACUUUAUUCACCUGCUUUGCAGUGGUUCUUGCAUGAUCACGGAUGAAGCCAACAGAAGCGAUUUGUGCAUUCAUGGCUUUACGCUGCCGAAGCAUGAAGAAGACCACGAGCUCCAAGAUGUGAACUGGAGCGACUAUAGUACCAAGUACAAGGUAUCCAAUCCACUCAUGGCGUCCUACUACCGCCAGAUUCUCAAGCAGGAGCGAGCCUUGCAAGUUGCCUUUGCGGAAGACAAACCGCAGCACUGUGCAGACCUACUGCUGCGAGCAUUGCCCUACCUUCUCUUCUCCAAGGUCAUAAGCUUCGCAGGAGACACAUCUGAGUUGGCAAAGGAAGUCGGCUACCAGGCCUUUGCCCCAGAGCUGUCAGAGAAGGGGCACCAAGAGCUGGAGAUGUACAAGAAAGCCGAGCACAAGGGCUUAUACGUCAUCGGCAACGACGGCGAGAAGAUGCUCGAGACGGUGAGUCAGACUGAAGGAGGCGAUGUCCAAAUCAUAGGCUUGGUCCCCAACAUCGCCCACACCGCCUACACCGUUCACGUGAAAAGCAAGGGCAUCCAAAGCAUCAACACCUUCACGGUGGACUGCGACCUCGUGGCAAGAAGGUUGGUGCUCAAAGACGAUGGCAAGCCUGAGCUCCACCGUGUCCAAUCGCUGAAGAGCGUCAACCU